UUCUGAACUGCAGUUUCAGAAUAUUAAAGUAAAGUUCUACAUUUUGUAAUUUGUACGUACGGAAGAGCAAUAAUCCUAAAUUUACAUCCAAACAGAGCCUUAAGCGGAACGCAGAAAGGAGGAGCAGCAGCCAUGGGAGACGGCACCUCCGGGAGCCGUAGCAGCGGCAGCAACAAGCCGGAGUGGCUGCAGCAGUAUGAUCUGAUAGGGAAGAUCGGAGAAGGAACCUACGGUCUCGUCUUCCUCGCUCGGAUCAAGUCUCAAACCAAUCGCGGAAAAUCCAUCGCCAUCAAGAAAUUCAAGCAAUCCAAGGAUGGCGACGGUGUUUCUCCCACCGCCAUUCGUGAAAUCAUGUUACUGAGGGAGAUAACACACGAGAAUGUUGUGAAGCUUGUGAAUGUUCACAUCAAUCAUACUGACAUGUCUCUGUAUCUAGCUUUCGAUUACGCCGAACAUGACCUUUAUGAAAUAAUAAGACAUCAUAGAGACAAGGUUAACCAAUCCAUUAACCAGUACACGGUUAAAUCGUUACUAUGGCAGUUGCUCAAUGGACUAAACUAUCUGCACAGUAAUUGGAUUAUACAUCGAGAUUUAAAGCCAUCAAAUAUAUUGGUUAUGGGUGAAGGGGAGGAACAUGGAGUUAUUAAAAUUGCUGACUUUGGACUUGCGAGGAUAUAUCAAGCCCCUUUGAAGCCAUUAUCUGAAAAUGGGGUUGUUGUAACCAUUUGGUAUCGUGCGCCUGAGUUGCUUCUUGGAGCGAAACAUUACACCAGUGCUGUUGAUAUGUGGGCUGUGGGAUGCAUUUUUGCUGAGUUGUUGACCUUGAAGCCACUAUUUCAAGGUGCAGAAGUCAAAGCCACACCUAAUCCUUUUCAGCUCGAUCAACUUGACAAGAUAUUCAAGGUUUUAGGCCAUCCCACAUUAGAAAAGUGGCCUUCCUUACCAAAUCUUCCCCAUUGGCAACAAGAUACGCAACAUAUACAAGCGCACAAAUAUGACAAUGCUAGCCUCAAUGGUGUUGUACACUUAUCUCCAAAAAGUCCUGCAUAUGACCUCUUGUCAAAGAUGCUUGAAUAUGAUCCUCGAAAGCGUAUAACAGCAGCACAAGCUUUGGAGCAUGAGUAUUUCAAAAUGGAUCCACAACCUGGGCGGAAGUAAGACCUUCCUUCCUUUUGCUAUUCUGUUUUGGUCCCCCCCCCCCCCCCCUAAGUUUUGAUUGGAUAAAACUUUUUCCUAGGACUGUUGGUUACAUUUCAUUACUUCAAAUAAUUGUGUGGAAGAUUUAGUAAUAAACAAUAUUCACAUAGUUCUCAUCAUGAUAUUGUCUUAAUUAAA